AUGUCUUCCGAGGACGACACUCGCAUUUCCUGGGGCCGCUGGCUCCUGGUUGGCGGUCGUGGCCCACCUCCGACAUGCUCUGCGUUUCUGCGCAUGGCAUCAGAGCGCAAGGCCUCUCAUCGAGAGACAUGUGUUCGCCACACAGCAAGGAACGAAUCGUACGCGAAGACGAAAAAGGAGCAUGGCACAGGGGGCUUUGUGGAAUUUGUAAAAACUCAAUUUGGACUGGAGAAACCAAAGGAGGUACUGAAGCGUAAGGAAUUGAUGGAAGUUUGGAGUGGCGAUGGAGCAUUGGUCGGGGAAAUCGUCGAGAACAGGGCUGAAGACAUUGGCAGUGGCGGCUGCAAUAAUAAUAUGAAUGAAGACGUAAUGCCCAACGACGAAACUUCGGUUGACGUCAACAACGGUGAUGGUGAAGAAGAGAGAUCGGGGAAUGGUAAUAGUGGAGAGGAUGAGAAUGGCGGAGACACAGCUUCUAGCAAGCAAACCCCUGGGAAUACUGGCAGCGGUGGUAAUGGCGAAAAGGGGCCCUCAGCCGGCGAUUAG